AUGUCCCCUCCAACGUUUAUUGUGUUAGAAGAUGGUCUAACGACCAACAAAUGGAGCAAAGACGAGUGGCAGCGUCACAGCGUUUUUCCUGGAGAAAACCCUAACCCUAAUUUCAACUUCUUGGUGAAGAACCAUCUGACAGUUUCACCGGUUCUCUCCUGUCCAUAUGUCAAAGAUGAAAGCUUCAAAAUGAUCUUACCACUGGAGAUGCCUCCGUCAAGAGACAACGCUGUGCCGCUUCCUGUUCUUCCCGAGCCGAUGAUGAAGCCAGGGAAGAAGCUUGGCCUCCAAGAAACCAUGCUUUCUUUAGGAAAAGCUAGGUUUCCCAUGAAAAACUUCAUCUAUGACAACGAAGAAGAUUUCAAAUGCAACGCCUUCUGUUUACCCCUAACUAGUUUCGGGAAGCAGAAACAUGUGAGGUCACCGAAGAGCAGCGACGAGUCUUCUGUAAAGAAGAAGAUGAUGAUCAAAGCACCAUCGUUUCCAAGCUCCACAAUCUCCCUAAGUGCCUCGUUUGAGAAAUUCGAGUGUGGCUCAUGGCUUUCAACAACUGCUCUCGCCAGAGAAAACAGCAGAUUGUACUUUGAUCUACCCGUGGAGAUGAUCAAAUGUGGCCGUGGAGGCGGCGGAGAAGAUGUGCAAGAACCGGUGAGUUUAGGUUUCUUAUUCGACAAGGAAACAGAAAAUUUACCUUUGAGAAGUGUUUUAAAGACUUCUCGGUCGGAAAGGCAACAGAGAGGUUCGGCUGAGACGUCACCGCAUCGCCGUGUCAGAUUUUCAACCACUAACUCGGUUUCUUGCCCGGCUUCGCCGCGGUCGUGUAUGACCCCACGCUUGCUUAAAGCUAGAGAUGACUUCAACACGUUCUUAGCAGCACAGAACGCGUGA